AUGCUCACAUAUCGAAGAUCAGAUCAUCUGGAGAUGAUUGAAUAUUCAGACUCCGAUUUUGCUGGAUGCUUGGAUAAUAGAAGAUCUACUUCAGGCUAUAUUUUUAUGCUUGACGGAGGGGUUAUAUCUUGGAAGAGUGCUAAGCAGACACUAGUAGCCACUUCUACUAUGGAGGCAGAGUUGGUAGCAUGUUAUGAAACAUCCAAUCACGGGAUUUGGGUGCAGAACUUUAUUACAACAUUACAGAUCGUUGAUAUUAUUGAUAAGUCACUGAAGAUCUACUGUGAUAAUAAAGCUGUAGAACUUUAUGACAAGAACAAUCAUAGUUCGUACAAGUCUAAGCACAUCGACAUCUAG